GACGUAACGAUCAGCUGUCGGAAGGUCCCGAUUUGUGCGGGGGAGCGGCGCGCGCUCGGCAGAACCUCGGGAUCCGCACCGGCCCCGCACCGGCCCCGCACCGGCCCCGCACCGGCACCGGCCCCGCACCGGCCCCGCACCGGCACUACCUCAGCGCCUCCCGCCUCCCGGCACCGCACGGCAGCCUUUGCACUGAAGCCAAGUGAAGAACCUCACAACUGCACUGCACAUCACUCAGCUCUGAUUUCUCUGUCAUCAAGAUUUCAAGGGCUGUUUUCCUCCUCCCUGCCCAUCUCUCCCGUGUCUGUGCCUGGAAGCUGGUGCCCAGCAGUAGCUCUAUCUCCCUGUCCAUCCUGCUGGACAUCUCCCCACCAUGUUUCAGCGUCUCACCAGCCUCUUCUUCAGUGACAGCAACACACCAGAGGGCCUGGAAGAGCCCAAACCCUUUGUYGAGGAGGAGGAGGAGGAGGAUGGCUGGCUCAUAAUUGACCUUGCAGGCAGCCGUGCCCGCCCCGGCCCCGCCCGGCGCCCGGCUGCUGGCGGUACCGGGCGCUCGGCGCGACCCCGCCCGACACCCCCCGGGCCGCCACCACCACCGGCCGCUUCCCCGGCUCCGGCCGGUCCCUGCUUGAUGGACGAGAGUUGGUUUGUCACCCCUCCCCCCUGUUUUACUGCAGAGGAGCCCGGCCCCGAUGGCGUGGGGAGCAGCCCCAUGGAGGACCUGCUCAUCGAGCACCCCAGCAUGUCCGUCUACGUCACCAGCACCCUCGAGGUGGAUGGGGARGGCCCCGAGGACGAUGUUGCAGCGGACGAGCCGGAGCCGCGGCCGGAGCGGCCCGUGGCGCACCACGGCCGGGCGCUGGCGGUGAAGGCGGCGGCGCUGGACAAGGCGGGGCAGACGCAGCGGGCGCAGCGGGCCAAGCAGCUGGCGGAGCGGCACCGCCUGGGCCAGAAGGCGCUGCAGCGGCAGAACCGGGCCCGGCAGCGCCCGCCCCGCCGCGCCAAACAGCUCCCCGGGGCCUUCGUCCACCAGCCCUGCCAGCGCCACUGCAACUACUGACCUCGCUGCCCCGCCCGGGGCUCCGGAGCGCGGCCCCCACGGACACCGGGGACGCGGCGGCGGCUGCGCUCCACACCCCGCGGCCGCACUUCUGGCCCGCACUCCUCAUCUUCCUCCUGCCGCCCUCCCCGCGCCCCUCACCGCCCACCCUCGAUGCCGUCUGGGCCCAGCCCCUGGAGCCGCCGGUAUGGAGGGCCGUGCCAUCCCKCCCGGACAACCUGGCCGGUAUUCCCGGUGAAAUCACCUGCUCCCGAAAUCCACCUGUUCCCGGUGAAGCCUGUUUGUCCUGAUAAGCCUGUGACAUCAGUGCCUUUCCUUACAUGACUCCAUGUACAGCCUGGCUGGGAUGUCACAGAGACACCGAGCGGGAGUGACAAGAGCAAUGAAGCCACAAGAUUUGGGAUUUUAAGGAAAAUCUCAUCAAUGACACUAAAUAAUGCUUCUGCCCUGCAAAACCAGCAAACACUCCUCUCCCUCCUUGAUUUCUUAGCUACAUUUUUACCAUGAUAACCAUAACCCCCCACUGCCAGUCCCCAAGGGGCUCAUGAUCUAAAGCGCUGGUGGAAUCUCCGUGGCUGGGUCAGCCAGGCGGCUCCUGGUACCUCACGGUGUUUUUUUUUUAAAUCAACCUUAAAAGGAAUCUCAGGAAUCAAAGCACUGUCCCAGCGCCACGCCAGAACCCUCGGCUGCCAUGCCAGGAGGAGUGGCCAGCCUGGGGUGGCAUCACCAUGGCUGRUGGUGCCAUCUGAGUGAGCUCCUUCCUCCUGGAGGCAGUCACCAGCCCCAGGCACGCCUGUAUCCCUGAGGAUACACCUGUAAAUGUGUGUGUAUAUAUUGCUCUCUGUACCUUUAUACUCAGAAGAGGCACUGUUAAGCCAAGGAGUGUUGUCUGCCAGGUGUCAGCCCUGGAAGAGGAGAGGUGGCACAAGGUGCCAAGAGGUGGCCAAAGCACGUCGACAGUGGUGGUGAAGCGAUGCUGAAGAGGAGGCUGGAGGGAAGAGGCUGAAGKAAGGACAAAGAUUAACCUGGGAGCCACAGCAAUGGGUCAGGAUGGGGCAGGCCUGAGUGAGAGGAUUGCUGUAAUGGGAGCUCUAACAGAAGCAUCUUCUUUCUUCACUAAAAAUUGCUUCCUUUCCCAUGAAGGGCCAAAUUCCACCGCAAGGCAAUGCUAAUUUUUAAUGCAAAUCCCUCCCCUCUGUGUGAUGGACUCCUGCCUUUGGAAGAACAUGGUCCAGACUUUUCACUGGCUUCAGCACCAGCUGAGAUAGUGCCAGACCCAGCAGAAAUUUGCUGAUUCCCCACCCAUCAGCUCCCUCCUUUUAGGAACUGGUUUUGCACCCUGUGCCCUGGGAAAGAGUCCUGCUCACGGCCAGCUCACAGCCUGGAUUCUCACCCUCUGAGACAAGAAAUAGCCCCACAACCUCCCAGAAAAGUCUAAUUUCCCAGAUUCUUCCACUCACCAUGUUGCAUCCCUUAAUAUCAGCCAGGGGCCUCAGCUGAAGGAAUUGUGGUGACCACAACUGCAGACAGCUGAUAAUUAUUAAUUAUUUUAAUGGGAUUAAAAACAAAAUGACCCCUCCUAGGAGCAACAGCCCCCAGCUCCGGGCUAGGGAACCUGGACCGCAGUAGCUGGAUGCUGCUGCUCACCUGCAGCAUUUCCCCCCUUCUCCACUGCCUCAGCAUUCCCAAAAUGAGAGCUGGGGAAGGAACUCCCUGCCCUUGGCAUCGCCCUGCCCUCCUUGGGCCUCCCUGUGUCCUCUGUCCCUCAGCGAGCCUGGGACUACACUGCAGAUCAGCCUGUCCCAUCUCCAGUGUGUUCUUGGUGAAGAGACUGACAUCUCCUGACUCCAGGGGAGUGUUUACAUCCUUUGGCUUCCUGGGCUUCACACUAAAUGCCUUUUUCCCCCUGCAGUGGUGCCUGGAGUGGACCGGGAGCAGGGCCUGUUUGGGGACACUAGCACAGGUGCUUGUGACACAGGCAGGGGCUGGGCCCGAGCUCCCGGGUGUCCGAUGUGGUGCUGCCUCCCCAUCCCGCUCUUCCUGCAGCGCCUGCAGGAGCUGCUCUGCGCCCCUGGGCACCAGAAAGAGGAACCACUUUCUCUCCAGCCCCAAAACCCAUCAUGAAGUGGAGAAGCCAAGCAUUGUCCAGCCCCCAGCCCCUCCACUGCCAAUUCUCCUGCACAUCUGGGUUGUGCCAGUCCCUCCGGAGCACUCCAGAAAUCAGAGGCUGCCAGCGAGCCCUCUGUCCCCUUGGCAGCUCCAGAGGAUCCAGCUGGGGGAUCCCUGUGCCUGCCCCACUGCUGGAAAUGGUACCCAGGAGAAAUCCCUCAUGGAAACCCUCCUGUGCAUCCUGCUCACUUGCUGAGAGCCAGAAGCCCUUGGCCAUGUUCCUGGGGGCCGUGGCUCAGCCUGGCWCUGCCACCAGCACCCAGCUCCCUGUGCCCACUUUGAACAGGCAAUGUUAUUCCUCCGUCCUGGUUUUCAGAAGCAAAUUCAAACUGUUUUCUUUUCCAUUCUUUCCGUGCCGGUUUGAGAUGUCUCUCAUCACACUGUGCCCAGCCAGCACAGGAUAUGAAGCAGAACUGUUAUCACACUUUAUAUCCAGAGUAUGUUUAUAAAGGAUUAAUAAAUUAUUAAUAAUGUUUUCAUGAAGAGGUUAAUCCAGAGCCCGAGCCUCUGGCAGAGUGCACAAACCAUAGCAAAGGAGCUCCUGCAGCUCCCCUCUGUUGUUUGCACUCCUGCCAUGUGUUAACACCUAAUGCUCACCUGCCACCCCUGGCAAAGUGACUGUCACACCCAGUGUGACCCACCCUCCCUGGGCUGUGGCAAAGAUGUGUUCAACCCGUGCUUUGCAGAAGCCCUGCAAUGCUCUGCUCUUGCCCAGSAGCAAGCACACAGCCUGGCUUGGUCCCCAGCCUCCUGCCCAGUGCUGCCAGAGAAAGAAAAMCCCUUUUCMCUGAGGUUCUUUGUCUCCUCGAAUCUUAAAACAAAUGAAAGGUGCUUAAAAACUGAGAACUUCCUGUGUGCACCCAUGUGCAUGUGUAGAUAUUUCACACCCACCCAGCGUGGAUGUUCAGUAGCUUGUUUGGGGGUGUGGGUUUGUUGGGUUUGUGAAUUUUUUAGGGGGUUGUUGGUUUUUUGGUUUUUUUUUUGCACUCAGUAUAUGUGAUGCACUGCGUGGUGCUCCCGAUGGGAAGGCGCUUGUUUGCAGGGAGCUCUGGGGCUGGCCCUGCUGGGACAGCUGGGAUGAAUUUUGCUUUCUUUUCCAUAUUUGUGUAGGGGGAAACUAUAGCAUGGACUCAGGGACAAACCAAUCUGCUAGGGUCUUGAAMAAUGUCUUUUUCCCAGGUUCUCUGUUGGAAUAUGGGUUUGGUUCUGGAGUGCUGCAGGGGUGUAGCCUGUGGCAGCACAUGGUGGUGAGAGGAGAUGCAGGGAGCUCUGACACUCCUGCAUGGAAAAGUUGUGGCCGUUCAUGGUGGGAUCACUCCUGGGCUGCAGCCCCUCUUCCUUUAUUCGUGCCCUGCAAAUUCACCUUUACAGCUGUUGGAAUUGGCUGGUCCCUUUUCAGCCUUGCUUGURAACAAGCAAAUACGGAUUUUCAGCACUGAGCCCCCGAGGGUUUGGGAAGUGCAGUAGAGCUGUGUUUUAUGKCCUGACCCACCACAUCACUGGGAUCAGGGAUACAGCCAGGAUGGGGGAAGCCAUCAGAAUAAUCACCUGGAGAAAUGGUGGUGUGGGUGACUGAAAAAAAUUWUGUAUUUCUUGCAAUGAAAGCAUAAGAAAGGGAAGAAUUCCCAGUGGAAAGACCUGGGCAAAUCCCUGUUCAGUAAAUGCCAGCCUUGCUGGGCAGUGUGGCAGUGCUGGGCUCAGACACCUGAGCUGUCUCCCAGCCCCGUACUGGAAUCGCAGGCUUGGGGCAGGGGGGCACUGGGACAGACUGGAGCARUGCCCAGCGAUGGCUGGAGCUCAUGGAGACAGCAGACCCUCUGUGGAGGGAAGGAUCUUUCCACCGCUGAGGCCCCCAUGGUGCAGGGAUCUUCUCCAAGCAAGAUUUUAAUCUCUUUGCCUUGUUCUGCUCUGGCUGCCCCUGACGCGAGGGAUCAACCCCUGUAGUGUGAAAGGACGAGGAGGGGCAACCCUGCUGGAGAAGUGCCACCUCUUGGGAUGCACCAGGAGCUCCCAGUGUCCCCGGCCCCCAAGGCUGCACUCACUGCACUGGGCAAGGCCAGGCUGUGGCCACAGCACCCUUAGGACCCCUGGCCGGCAGCCACGCCAAAGUCCUGGCACUGAAUUCUGGCUCUGGCUUGGCACUGCAAGGCUGGGGGCUGCCAAGAGAGCAGGGGCAAAAGUCUUCCUCCCCUGUUGCUCUUAAACUUGCACUCACAAAUGCGCUUUCCAAAAAAACUGCUGCAAAAGCUUGGUCUGGAAGGAAAAUUGUUCUUUCUGUGGGAGGUGGCAUUUCCUUCUCAUUGUGGAUGACAAAUGCGUGGCUCAUCCCAAAGAUCACUGCUGUGGGAAUCUUCUCUCUUUAGGCAUGUUUCUAAUCAAUAAUUUUACAUUUACAUCAUACUCAUACUUUCUUCUCUUCUGUCCAG